UGAAAAAAAAACACUGUUUAGAAUGAAGUUCUAUGUCGCCUGUUGUGUUCUUUUCUGCGCAGUAACCUUUGAGAUUGCUCAUGCUCAACUUGAGGUUCAGGUCAAAAGUUCUGACUUCAACCGUGCAGUCCAGAACAGGUUCUGCUGCCUGAUUGCUCAAUCACAAUGUGCUUCAGCCUGUUCAGGACAAUCCUGCUCUGCAACCUGCAAUGGAAGAUGUGGUUUCUUGGGAUUGUUUACAUGCGGACCAUACACUUGCUCAGGAAUUGCAGCUAGUACUUGUACUACAACUACUACCACCACCACCACCACAACAACACCAACAACAACUACCGCAACAACAGCAGCAGCAGCCGGACCAUGAAUGAAAUGAAUGAAAUGAUUAAAAUAAUUGGCAAAUAAUUAGUUUAGCUUUAAAUAAAGUUUAGCAUAAAAA